GGCUCUUUUAACAAAUAAAUAUGUGCAUAUGGUUCAUUUAUAAGCACUGUGCGCAAAUCUGCUAACUACAUCUCACUCAGGAGGAUCCCUUAAACACUUCUCUUGAAUCUAUUUGUUUUUAUUGUACAAACAAAAGUUUUAAAUUUUAUAAUGAAAACAUUUGUAAUUGCUUUAAUAGUUUUAAUGAUUAAGGAAAUUAUAGCGGGCCCAGAGGAUGUUAUUUGUAGGCAAAAAAUAGGAAUAACCUUCGAAGAAAGUUCGGAUUUUUUGCAAAGAGCAAAAAUACCCGAAAUCAGAGAUCAGAUGGAUCAAAAGUAUAAAUGUUUUGUAUUAUGCUUAAUGGAGGAAAUGAAUAUCCUUGAUGGUUGUUCUUAUCAGUUGGAAUUAGGCAAACAACGUGUAUCAGAAAUGGGAUUGGCGAAAUUAAUACCUAUAUUGGAUAGCUGCAAGGAUAGUUCGGUAGGAAGCGAACCAUGUGAUUGUGGAUAUAAUGUAUUCAAGUGCGUUCUUGAUGGAAUGAUGGCAAUGGAAGAACAAUAGAUCUAUUGCCUGCAACAAAAAAAAAUUACUUAAAAUUAAAAAAUAAAUAAUAAUAAAUAUUUAUGCAUUAAUUAAUAUGAAUUUAA